AUGACUGACCGCUCGCUCAAAGUUCCGCCCCUGGGAAGGACAGAUGGUCCAAAUCGGCCGCGAGAAUCUGGGAAACUCCGCCCACAACGAGGCAGCUUCGGAGAGAUUCUCCUCAGACGUUAUUCAUUGUCCUCUCGCCCUCCUCGUCACACUACCCAUCCCAAUUCUCUCCUCGUCAUCUGUGUCUUGCUCUCACUCUUCUAUCAUUCAUUUCUACUUCGAGAGAAAGUGAAACUCGUUGUGAAAACAAGAAACGAUACAUUCUCAAAUUGUGUUGUUCUCCAAAUAACAGAAACAUCUGAUCUAUUUGUCUACUGGACAAACGGGACAAUCAAAAUUGAAGUGUUGCCAUCCGGAAGUCCAGUACCAAUUGAGCAUGACGAAUAA